AUGUCCAACAUUCCCGAGGAUAUCCAGCAGACGCUUGGAAACUUGCUCACUGCGUUGUCAUCUACGGACAACGCCUAUCGUAAGCAAGCAGAACUUGUAUUGAAUAAUGAAUGGUGCAUCAGGGAUAAGGUUGAUAUUUUGUUAGUAUUUUUGGCAGAACAAGCAGCCAAUGGUGCGGAGGAGAACACACGUGCGUUUGCAGCAGUUUUAUUUAGGCGUUUCUCGAUUAAAUCUCCCAACUAUCAGGGGUUCUCUGUCACUGACAGACAAAUUGAUCAUAUUUCAGUGCCGGCAAAAGUUGAAAUUCGCCGUUUGUUAUUGCAGGGAUUUACUUCACAGCAAACCAAGAAUGUCAGGCAUAAAUUAGCAGACGCAAUUGCAGAGGUUGCUAAGGAUAACUUUGAUUGGCCAGAAUUAUUGCCUAUGGUUUUGCAUGCAACUAGCUCAAACGAUGCCGCAAUGAAGGAGUCUUCAUUCAGAAUGAUUGCAACAACUCCUCAAAUAAUCAGUAAGCAUGAUCUAAAUGAAUCGUUUCUAAAAAUGUUCCACUCUGGGUUUGAGGACGAAUCUGAUGAUGUAAGAAUAGCCACUUGUACUGCAUUUGUUGCCUUUUUUGAAAAUCUACCUAAGUCUAUGUGGUCAGUUCUAUCACAGCUAUUACCGAAUCUUUUAAACUCUUUACCGAGGUUAUUGAGCAGUGGUAACGAUACUGCAUUAGCAUCCGUCUUGGAGAGCUUGAUUGACUUGGUCGUUCUUGCCCCAAAGAUCUUUAAGCCAAUGUUUGAAACAAUCAUUAGCUUUUGCUCACAGGUUGCUCAGAAUACAGACUUAGAAUCAAAUGCAAGACUUACAGCUUUGGAGUUGUUAACUACUUUCUCUGAAACUUCUCCAAAUAUGUGUAAAAGAGAACCAUCUUACUCCACCACCAUGGUUAUUAUUACCCUAAAAUUGAUGACUGAAGUCUGUAUUGAUGAUGAUGAUUGUUCCGAAUGGAAUAACACGGAGGAUCCAACAGAUGAAGGAGAUGAAGAUGAAUAUAAUGCGGCAAGACAGGCACUUGAUAGAGUUGCUCUUAAAUUGAAUGGCCAAUGUCUAGCUACCCCGUUGUUCCAAUAUUUACCACAUAUGCUUCAAUCUCAAAACUGGAGAGAGAGACAAGCUGCACUAAUGGCAUUGUCAUCUGCCAGUGAAGGGUGUGCAGACGUCUUAAUUUCGGAAAUUCCAAAACUCCUGGAUUUGGUGUUGCCAUCUCUGAACGAUCCACAGCCAAGAGUCCAGUUUGCUUGUUGUAAUGCUCUAGGCCAAAUGUCAACAGAUUUUGCUAGCGUUAUCCAAAGAACUUCUGGUGGUAAGAUCUUGCCAGCUUUGAUCUCAAUGCUAUCCACUAAUAACGUUCCUAGGGUCCAAACACAUGCAGCAGCUGCAUUGGUCAACUUCUGUGAAGAAGCAACUAAAGAUAUUGUUGAACCAUACCUUGAUGAUUUGCUUAAUAACCUAUUAAACUUACUUAAAUCAUCUCCAAAGAGAUAUGUCCAAGAACAAGUAAUCACUACGAUAGCUGUUGUUGCAGAUGCUGCUGAAAAUAAAUUCAUCAAGUACUAUGAUACUUUGAUGCCAUUGUUGGUUUCUGUGAUGAAAUCCGAUGUCGACAGUAAUGGCAGAACAUUAAUUGCGAAAUCUAUCGAAUGUGCUACAUUGAUUGCCACGGCAGUUGGGAAGGAAAAAUUCUCUGAAAGUGCUAAUGAGAUACUUGAGAUUUUCACUGUAUUGCAAAAUAACUUACAAGGUGAAGAUGAUCCAGUCAAGCCAUACCUUGAAAAAGGUUGGAGUAGGGUCUGUAAGCUUAUUGGUAAAGCAUUUGUUCCGUUUUUGCCUGGCGUAAUUCCACCAUUAUUAGAACAGGCUAAGGCAACUCAGGACAUUUCCAUAGUGGAAGAGGAUCAGCUGGAAGAAAUCAAUCAGAAUGAAGACUACGAGGUUAUUCAGUUGUCUGGAAAACACAUUGCAGUCCAUACAUCUGUACUAGACGAUAAGGCUUCUGCUAUUGAAAUCUUGAAACUAUAUUCUGAAGUACUCGGCUCUGCUUUCUUCCCUUAUGUUCUUGAAAUUGCAAACGAAAUUGUUAUUCCCGGUCUUGAUUUCUAUUUACACGACGGUGUCAGAGGUACGUGUGCAGUUACCAUGCCUUCCUUGUUGAAAUGUUGUAUUGAAUCCACUGGCUCAUCCCAGUCUACAGAGUCUUUCACCAUUUGGAAGGGAAUGGCCAACAAAUUGAUUUCACAGUUGGAAUCAGACCCGGCACUAGAGCUCUUCUUUGCAUACUAUUACGCUCUAUCAAAAUGUCUUGAUUUGAUGGGUCCUCAAGCUCUAGAUGAUACACAACUAGUCAAUCUUGCUAAGUCUAUACAUGGCAAUUUAUCUGAUGUUUAUGAAAGAAUCUCAAAUCAUGAUGAAGUUGAUGAUGACUACAAUGAGGAAGUUGCGGAAUACGAUGAAGAUUGUACCGAUGAGGAAUUAUUAGAAGAAGUCGUUAAAGGUAUUUCCGCCGUAUUUGAAAACAGUGGUCCAAGAUCUAUACCCAUUUUCAUGACAUUGGCACCAGUAGUCAGCGCAUUCUUGAAGGAUGAGAAUCCUAUACUUAACAGAUUUGCAAUAUCAAUUAUUUGCGAUUUAGUCAAGUUUGGCGGUGAGCAAGCGUUCGAUUUUAAUGAUCUAUUUUUGAACCCCGUUGGUACUUCUCUUUCUUCUUCUGAUUCAAAGGUUCGUGAAAUGGCAGCCAAGUGUGUUGGUUUAUGUGCACAAUCAAUUAACAGUGCAAAAUAUUCCCAAUUUGCAUUGGCCUGUCUACCAUCAUUGACUCAAAUGGCCUCGAUUCCAGAUGCUCGUGCCCCUGAUAAUAUCGAAGCUACAGAACAAAUAUGCGCAACUAUUGCAAUUAUAAUUCAAUGCUACGGUAACCAAAUUCCAAAUGUGAACGAUUUAAUCAAUUCAUGGAUAAGCCUUCUGCCAAUUUGUCAAAAUAUUGAGCUUGCCAAGAUAGCAUAUCCUUUCUUAACCCAGUUGGUCAAUCAACAACAUGAGAUUGUUGCAUCCAAAAUCCCAAAAAUUGUGGAUAGUGUUAUUCAAGCUUUACUAUAUGCCUCCAUUUCUGAUGAUGUUGCUGUAAAUGCGGUCUCUGCGGUUAAAGGUUUAUUGGCAACAUUACCAGAAUCACAAAGUAUGACCAUAAUGAAUGGUUACAGUACCGAAGCAAAGGCAGUUAUAUCAAAGUGGUUUGUAUAA